UUCCUUUAAAUCCUGUGUUUAUGCCCGUGUCUUUGUGCAGGUGGGUGGAUGGCCUGGUCGGUGUGGUCUGAGUGUGAUGACUCGGGCCUGCAGCUGCGCAGUCGAGUGUGUGGGGCUCAAUCCACACCAUGUGUUGGAAACAGCUCCCAGCACCGAGACUGCAAUGAGAUUCCAGCAAUUCUCCCGGCGUCUAGCUAUGAGAAGGACCAGCAGUGUGGGGGGUUCACUCUGCUUCACCUGAUAGCUACAGGUGUGUCGUGCUUCCUGGGUGCCGGUCUGCUGUCCUUCCUGGUGUAUGUGUACUGUCAGCGGUUCCACAAGCCCUCACAGGAGUCUGCUGUCAUCCAUCCCACCACUCCCAACCACCUCAACUACAAGGGCAACACCACACCAAAGAAUGAGAAAUACACACCCAUGGAGUUUAAGACUCUGAAUAAGAACAAUUUGCUGCCGGAUGAGAGGACCAACUACUUCCCUUCACCGCUUCAGCAGACAAACGUGUACAGCACCACAUACUACCCCACGGCGCUGGGCAAAUAUGACUACCGACCAGACUCCUCGCCGUCUCCUUGCAGAACCUAUAACCACAGCUGAGACACGUGUCCCAUCCAUAGCUUUAUCGCCAUCUCCUAAAAGCCUCCACUUUCCGCACCCACACACUCUGCACCCGAUGAGGUGCUUAUUCCAACAUUCCAGCCAAUUUUCCCCCUAAGAUCUCUCCCCCGAGGACUGCGCCACCUAAGUCAGGCCUUACGGUGUCGACGGGGGAAAAUUCCAGUGAUUCAAACAGCACUUUUUAAAGAUUGUGUAGCUACACUGACUUUGAGAAACUGAUGUCUUGAUUGAUCGCUGCAGAACUCCCGUUAAUGGAAAGAGGUUUUGCUGAAGCUCAAGGUGGGAAGACGUAAUUGCUCUGGCAUCCCGUACCACUCCAAAAAUACCCAUUACAGGAAAUGCAAUCUGCUGCACUGUGGCAGUUCUUUUUGAAACUACAGAAGAAGAAUAUGGCAGACGCCGGACAAAAGAGAGCAAUCAAUGGUGACAUUAUUAGGUUUGGUUAGAACAGCGGAAUUGUUACCUUUGGAUGCAAAUGUAAGGACAUCCCACUGACUUCCGACCUUUGAGGGGCAAAACUCUGACAAAAGAGGAUGGGUUGCAGGAUCAAUGCAUCUCCUGGUGAACUCUUCUGAUAUGAGUUCGGAAACAAGCUGCAGAAAAAAGAACAUCUUAAAAUAGGAUGCUAUUCAGAACGGACUCUCAUCAGAACCGAAAUAUAGAUUUUUAGCACGCUAAAAGGCCAGAAGAAUGCGGCAUCAUUUCCCUGAAAAGUCGAAACGCCUUUCUUUCUUGCGAAUGCAUGGGAAUCGAGGAAUAUUGCACCAACAAGGAAUAUGCUUAGAUCUGAAGCAAACAUGUUCUUCUCUCUUACUGUAAGUCCUGGUGGUCAUAUUAAAUAUGACUGGGUUCAAACUGAGACGGACUAUAUUUUAUUAUGAAAAAAUGUAGGAAAUACUGAUAGCUUGGCACUUGUUUUAUACGGUUAUUUUAAAGAGGGAAUUAUUCAGCAGCUGUAGGAUAGAUGGACAAUAGAGUUUAUUUAAGAUAUGAGUUCAAGCAUUGAUGGAGCUAUACUGAACAUUUCAUAUAUCAUUUUUUAUUAUUGUUUCCAGAUGGUAUAUUCCUAACCACCAUCACAUUCAUCAGAGAUACGAGCGAAGGCGUACACCGUUAUGAGCAUCGUAUAUUCAUGAAAUUGCCUAGAGAGUCAACUUAAACAGAAAUGAUCAAUGGAUCACUGUCUUUGUCACAUCGAACAACAUCUAAAAAAAUCUUUCUGCAGCACUAUGUGCCUAACUCAGAUUUUAUUUUGCCCAUGUGUUGACAUGCUUCCCAGUGGCAUCACGCCCACUUUCCAGAUGUAACUCAACAGCUAUCGAUAAAAGUGUUUCGGGAACGGCAACUCUCAUCGGGAUAUAGUAUUUAUGGUAUUGCUUGGUUUCUAAAGGGCAUUGAAAACUAAACUAAGCUAUUUUAUCAUGCUCAUUUAAUGAAUGCUAAGCCAUGCUUUCAGCUAAGCAUGAGUACAAGGGUUGUAAAUAAGUGAUGUCCCACCGCGAAAAAAAGGAAUGCCACGCAAAGGCUAGUAUAAUGUACAUGUAUAUUGUAAAGCUAACAUUGUUUUUUUAAACGCCUUAUAGUUGUAAAAUAAUAUGUGCAGCAGCUGUGUAUAUAUACCAACCGUAGGGAUUGUGUGGGGAUGGAGCCUGUCAGUGUCCAGAGAGAGUCCCUACAAAACUAUUAGAGUGUUUGUACUUUUAUACAUCUGUUCAUAAUUAAUAUGAAUUGAUUUUUGCCAUUCACAUGACAAGGUUCACAAAAUUAGCAUGAAUUAAGUUGCUUCAAUAUCGUACUCAAAUUCAGUCUUUAAUUGUUUUCAUGCUGUUGGAUCCUGUUCAGAUUAUUUAAUGGGGAGUUUUGCUUUUUUUUUAUCUUCAAGAUAAAACUUGCGUACUUGCAUACUACUUGCAUACUGAGCCGUUUCAUUGAAAGAAAAAAAAAUCUGAGCGCAUUACUGAAAAUGUCCUUAUUUUGCAUUUAUAUCAAUUACAUUUUUAUUGCAAAUUAAUGUUAAUGAUAUGCUCACAUACAAAGCCCUUUUCAAAGAAAAAAAAUCUAAUGUCAAGAAAAUUGUAUUAAUAUCUUUUUAAAUUGCAGAUUAUCUUAUCAACAUAUUUUAAGUGAAAAGUUUAAUAGAAUUAUUUUUUCUUCUAUAUUUUUACUUUUUUUUUUUACAUCUGAAUAUAUUUCCAAUUUUACCUGAAGUAAAUCCCAGAUCUGAAAUGUUUUUCAAAGGCUUUUGGGCUCGACUACACAUGAAAGGAAAUCCAAGAAUAGGCAAAACUCUAAGCUCGUAUUCAAAGUUAAAGGUCAAACUAAAAUCCCCACAUUGGCUCCCGUGUGCCUGCCGAGAUAAUAUAUGUUGGUCAUGGUCAAGUGCGGCUGCUCUGUGUAAGUCGGGUUUUGAAAGGAGGAUCUCUGCUAUUGAACACGCAUAAAGCCGGACGACGCAAUGAGGCGCUCCAUCCCUGCAAGGCUUGGUGCCCUUCUAUGCAACUGACCUGGUGGUUAGAUAUGCGAUGUAGACUGUAAUCACUGCCUUUUAGACACUGUGAAUUUUUGGUACUCUAUAUUUUUGUAUAUUGUACAUUGUAAAAGAUAAUAAACCUUGAUGCCAACCCGGUCUAA